AUGAUAGAGCAGGCCGUGCGAGUAUCUAGGCAGAUCGGGGCUGUUCCAGCCAUUCAGGAAAAAGAAAAUAAAGCAACGCACGAGCCCGCUGGGCCAGGACCGUGGGGCUGGGCUGGAGUGAAGGUGGCUACGAGCCCUCAUGCCGGGAUGGCAGAAGAUGAACCUGAUGCUAAGAGCCCAAAGACCGGGGGGAGGGCCCCCUCAGGGAGUGCUGAGGCCGGGGAGCCUACCACCCUUCUCCAGAGGCUCCGAGGUACCAUUUCUAAGGCCGUGCAGAACAAAGUAGAGGGAAUCCUGCAAGAUGUACAGAAAUUCUCAGACAAUGACAAGCUGUAUCUCUACCUUCAGCUCCCCUCAGGGCCCAGUACUGGAGACAAAAGCUCAGAGCCCAGUACACUCAGCAAUGAGGAGUACAUGUACGCCUACAGGUGGAUCCGGAACCACCUAGAAGAGCAUACUGACACCUGUCUGCCAAAGCAAAGUGUUUACGAUGCCUAUCGGAAGUACUGUGAGAGCCUUGCCUGUUGCCGCCCACUCAGCACAGCCAACUUUGGCAAAAUCAUCCGAGAGAUCUUCCCUGACAUCAAGGCCCGAAGGCUUGGUGGCCGGGGCCAGUCCAAAUAUUGCUACAGUGGCAUACGAAGAAAGACCUUGGUAUCUAUGCCACCCUUGCCUGGCCUUGACCUGAAGGGCUCUGAGAGUCCAGAAAUGGGCCCAGAAGUAACCCCAGCACCUCGGGAUGAACUGGUCGAGGCAGCCUGUGCCCUGACCUGUGACUGGGCAGAGCGAAUCCUGAAACGGUCCUUCAGCUCCAUCGUUGAGGUCGCCCGCUUCCUUCUCCAGCAGCAUCUCAUCUCUGCCCGAUCUUCACACGCCCACGUGCUCAAGGCCAUGGGGCUUGCUGAAGAGGAUGAACAUGUCCCUCGGGAACGGUCCUCUAAAUCCAAGAAUGGUGUAGAGAACCUAGAGGGUGGAGCCCACAAGAAACCAGAGAGACCAACCCAGCCUCCUCAGGAGCUGGAAGCCCGGGCUGGGGCUGGCCCCCCAGCACGUGCAGAGCGGAAGAAGAGUGUAGUAGAGAGCCCGGCCCCUGCAGCCAGUAACCCGCAGGUUAACGCCCUGGUGGCCCGGCUGCCUCUGCUCCUGCCCCGCGCCCCUCGCUCGCUUAUUCCGCCAAUCCACGUCUCUCCAUCCAUCCUGGCCCCCAAGCUUUCUCCAGGCGCUCUGAAAUUGGCCACGCUGCCUCUGCCCACGAGGGCUGGGGGACCCCAGGCAGCUGUGCCCAUCAUUAAUAUGAUCUUACCAACUGUUCCUGCUCUGCCUGGACCCGGACCUGGGCAAGCUCCACCUGCGGGGCUCACUCAGCUGCUGGGCACAGAGAACAGGGAGGUAGGCGUGGGCGGUGACCCGGGACCCCAUGACAAGGGUGUCAAGAGGACAGCUGAAGUACCUGUGAGUGAGGCCAAUGGGCAAGACCCACCCGCUAAAGCAGCAAAGCAGGAUAUAGAGGAUACAGGAAGUGAUGCCAAAAGAAAACGGGGACGCCCUCGAAAGAAAUCAGGUGGAAGUAGGGAAAGGCAUUGUACCCCUGACAAGGCAGCAGCUGCCGUGGACUCUGCCCAGGCCUCAAGGUUACCACGGGAGACAUGGGCCUCUGGGGAGUCAGACAGGCCAGGGCCAGUGGGAGAGGCUGAGAAGGGGGUGGUGUUUGCCCAAGGUCAGGAAGAUGGUGCUGUGUCCAAAGGAGGAAGGGGUCCCAGCUCCCGCCAUGCCAGAGCAGAAGAUAAAAUUCCUCUUUUCACCUCGAAAGUGAGUGUCAUCAAGGGCAGUAGAAGCCAAAAGGAGGGUCUUCACCUGGUCCGGGGAGAGGCAGACACUGCAGCACAGGGUAAUAAAGACUUAAAGGGGCACGUGCUUCAAAGUGCCUCGUCCCAGGAGCAGAAAGACCCCAAAGCGACACCCCCGUGACAGGUGUGUGGGGAAGCAUGUUUAUAUUCAGAUGUGAUCUCUACCUGACUGCCUAUCCAGGCCCUUGUCCACACUCGCUUCUCUGGCUCUUUUCCGAAGGGAAUUCACGCUCUUCUGUUGUACAGACAGCUGAGGCUUCUGUCUUAACACAGUGCCUGCUUCCUGCCUCUGACCUUUUCAGCUCGGUCCCCUUGGCUUCAGAGUCACUAAUAAAUCUAGUGACCUCC